AAUGGUUGGAUGAUACGCAACAGUUGCAUCGUUACAUAUCCUCUCUGAUCAUCCUUUCGCCUCUCCCCGGUCGCCUUACCACCUAUCUCAGUUGAGGCUACGCAGCCUUUUCAGUGGUUGAUAUGCCUUACUCCGCCUGAGGACCAUGUUAUCGUCGCAUGACUGCUUGCUUGCUGAAAAAACUAGCUACGUCAAAGGUUUGUCCUUCCUGCCGGCGUCUUCAUAUUCGCUCUACAGUCUUCCCUGCGCAUUUUCCCAUCUCCUGCUUCCCUACUAGAUUUCUUCCCUACAUCGCCAAAAUCGCUCCUGCACAAUGCGGGUCAUCAUCCGUGACGAUGCGGACGGUGCGUCAAGGUACGCAGCCAAAUACAUCAUCAACCGCAUAAACGCUUUUGCUCCCACACACGAAAAGCCCUUCGUACUGGGACUCCCUACUGGCAGCAGUCCAGAAAUAAUCUACAAAUACCUGGUCCAAGCCCACAAGGCUGGCGAGAUCUCAUUCGCAAAUGUCGUGACAUUCAACAUGGACGAAUACGUCGGCCUCCCAGAAGACCAUCCCGAAUCUUACCACAGUUUUAUGUACAAACAUUUUUUCGCCCAUGUUGACAUCAAUCCUGCCAAUGUCAACAUCCUCAACGGCAACGCUCCUGACCUUGCAGCCGAGUGUGCGGAUUACGAGGCCAGAAUUGCCAAAGCAGGUGGAAUCGACCUCUUCUUGGGCGGCAUCGGACCAGAUGGCCACAUCGCGUUCAAUGAGCCAGGCUCCUCUCUAAGGUCACGGACGAGAGUAAAGACGUUGGCAGAAGACACAAUCAGGGCCAAUUCCCGGUUUUUUGGUGGUGAUUUGAGCCAGGUGCCCAAACAGGCCUUGACUGUAGGAGUUGGGACGGUCAUGGACGCAAGAGAAGUGCUGGUCAUUGUACUGGGUGCGAACAAAGCAAUGGCACUUGCUAAGACCAUCGAAGGCGGAAUUAGUCAAAUGUGGACGGCCAGUGCCCUGCAGAUGCAUGAGCAGGCUAUGAUUGUCUGCGAUGAUGCCGCAACCGACGAAAUGCUGGUCAAGACCGUCAAGUACUUCAAAAGCAUCGAGCAUAUCGCCGCAGAAGAAGAAACAGGCAAAGCAACUCCUCAACCGCACUUGCCUACGAAAGCGGACAAUUGGCGAAGUGCAUUGAAAGACCUGAAGAUUAAUACCGAGAAGAAAGAGCAGUUGGAUCAAGAGGACGGCGAAUUGACACCAGACAGUAUGUCGUCGAGGCUGGUGGAUUCGGCGAUCGGAUUGAAUGACAAGAAGAUGGAUGAUUUUAUGUUCGAAAAGAUGGGUUCACGAGUCUCCACAUCUGCAGCAUAGUUGGCAGAAAGCUUCACUGUUGUGGAAGUCGGAGGACAAAUAGCAAUCGGGUUUUCUGGUUGAGUAUGGCGUUCAGGCUGCAUGAUAUCCAUGGUCAAAGCCGAAGGAGUUCAUUGGCGAUACAAGUGGCAAGAAUAGCCCAGCAAAAGGAUAUGCAAUAUUUUGAUGUUGAGCAUCGAAUCAUCUUA